CCCUGCCCGUUUGCCUUCCUGUGCCCGCCGGCCUGCGAUGGCCCCGGAUUUGUGGUAGAGCCCCCUCGCGCCUCCCCCUCCGGCCCUUCCCUGCCGCCUCCCCCACAGCAUGUUCCACAUCGUGCGCGCGGUCUUCGGGUACGACCCGCUGGAGUCCGGCGAUCUGCUGGACCCGGCCGAGUCGACCGAGUUCCUCACCUUGCAGCUGAAUGACCACAUUGUCCUGCUCCGGGCCACCGAUGAGGCCGGGCUCACGGAGCCGGACAUCGACCUGGCCUCGUCGGACUGGUGGCUUGGGGCGAAUUACGAUCAUCCGGAGCGCUUUGGCUGGUUCCCGAAGGCCUUCGUGGAGACGGUCAGCCGGGACACGGCCGAGGUCAUGUCCUUCACCUUCACCGGGGACCAGUCGCUGGCCCGGGAAUGGCCCACCUGCGGGGCCUUCAUCCAGCCCUCGGACCGGGACUCCAUCGAGCUGAUGCUGAUGCGCACGACCUCCAACGAGGAUCUCGACCCGGGCGCCGACCGGCUCGAGGGGGGGACCCUCCUGACGGACGACAGUAGCCCGGACCUCCUGCCGGAGCUGCUGCUCCUGCCGGGGCUGGAGAGCGACGACGACGCCACCACCGACGAUGGCGGCGAGGAGGCUGAGCCGGAGCCGGAGCCGGAGCCGCAACACACGCCCGGCGGCCCGGUCCCGCGGCCGAUCACCACCGCGGCCGGGCCCGAGUCCGCCUCCGUUGCCAUCCCCCCAGGCCGACGGCCAGCGUGGUACUGACGGGCUCGUCGUCGCACCUGGCCGGCGGGGGGCUCUUUGGGCCGCUGGCUGGGCCGCCGGCGGCGGCGCCGGCCGUGGCCCUGGCGGCCAGCCCGAUGGACCUGACGCGCCUGGACCAGGGCUUCUACCGGAUGGCGCAUGCGCUGAUGGCGCACGCGCCGCAGGCCAGCUCGGGCAUGCAUCGGAUGCUGCCCUUCAGCCGGGACGAAGUGAUCCGGGUGAUGGACGCGCCGGCGGAUCUGCCCGGUGGUGCGCCGGCUGGCUAUCUUUUCGGUCAGAACACCGCCGGCCAGUCGGGCUUCUUCCCGCCGCAUCUAGUGCAGUUCUUCCAAACGUCCGACUACCUGGCCGAUCAGAUUGCCCUGGCCCAGCUAGAUCGGUUCAUCGAUCUGAAGCGGCCGCGGCCCGUGCGCAUCGGCGACGAGGUGCUGCCGGCGCCGCCGCCCGGAUGGCGAUACUCCCGGAACCCGGCCGGCCGGCCGUACCUUUACUGCACGGAGACCGGGGCCCGGGCCUGGUCGGUCUUUGAGAUUGCCCGCGGGCAGGGGCUCCUGGAUGCCGGGGGCCCGGCCCUGUCGCCGAGCACCCCCGGCGGGCAUGGUGGCAGCCUGCGCGUGGCGGUGGGGCAGGAGCCCCGGACGCCGGGAUCGGCGUACGCCUCGUCAUCCUUGACGACCGGGUCGGACCAGCGCAAGAAUGUGGCCUUCUUGCGGAGCCUCCGCCGGCGGGACCACCAGUCGCACGAUCGGUAUGUGCCGCUCGGGUCGCCGGAGCUGUCCAUCUCCUUCGGCGAGGGGGGCCUCUUUGGCGGGGAGCGCGGCCUGGCGGACAAUGACCCGACCCUGCGGACGAUGGUCCGGGCCCCGCUGGAAGGGGCGACCGCCGUGGCGCUGGCCAAUGGCUCGGCCACCGGCCCCGGGCAGCCGGGCAUGCGGAUGGGGGGCUCGCCUUCGCGGGCGGCCAUCGGCCUGACGCAAGUGGCCCUGGCCGGUGGGGCCGGCAUCGGGGCUGGCGAUGCGGCGGCUGACGGCCAGUCCAGCGGCUCGCGCCAGCUCAUCGCCCUGACCAAGCUGUCGAUGUAUCUUCCCUCGUCGCCGCUGGAGGGGGCCCCGGGUGCGGGGGAUCUGACGGCCACGGCGUCGCCGGGGCCGGCCUCGGCUCUGCCCCCGCCGCUGACUGGCAUGAGCCACCCGCCGGCAGGUGCGCAGCCGCACCCGCACCCGCACCCGGAGAGCCAUCCGCACCAGCCCUCGGAUGGCAUGCGGCAGCAGCAGCAGCAGCAGCAGCAGUCGCGCUCGCCGCCACCGCCGUCAAUGCCCCUGCCGCACCCGGUGCCGCAUCCUCCACCGGCGUCGGCGCAAGGCCACGGCAUGGCCCCUUCCCACGCGGCACAGCUCCACCACCACCACCUCCACCACCUCCACCACCUCCAUCACCACCACCACCACCACCAGCAGCAGCAGCAGCAGCAGCACAUGUACUCCACGUACCCGGCCCCGCAGCAUCACCCGGGCAUGGCGGACCCCGUGCAGCCCUCGCUGCCGGUGAGGCCCGACACACUGCCGGGCAUGGUGCCUGGCACCUCGGCGCGGUCGCUGCCCCCUCCGAUCAUGGUGCCGAUGGUGCCGGCCGGGGCGGCUGGCGGCUUUUCCGCCCCGACGUCCAUCUCCUCGCUGCCGCCGUUGGAGUCGCCCAGCAGCGUGUACAUGACGCCGCUGAUCAUCCGGUCGCCGCCGGGCAGCGGGACGGCCCUGGAGCGGGCCGCCUCCAACCCCUCCCUGCUGGGUGGGGCCCUGGGCCAUGGCCCGGCGGGCGGCAUGGGCAUGAUGGUGGACCCGGCCCGUGGGCCGAGGGCGGUCGGCUUGCCGCCGCCGCUUGUGGCCGACGUCGCCGCCGGGGUUGUUGGUGGCCGUGGGCCCGGCAGCGUCGGGUCGGUCGGGGACUUGGAUGGCUCGGACUUGGACAUGUCGCUGCCGCCGCCGCUGGUGCUGGCGGAGGACGCCACGGAGGAGCCGCUGUUGCCGCUGGCGCCGCCGCCGAAGCCCGAGCGCCCGAGUGCUCCCGGCACCCCGGGGCCCCGGGGCACCGUGCACAUCAUGGCCGGGGCCGCGUCGCUGCCGCUGCCGCUGCCGCUGGCGCCGGCGCUGGCGCCGCCGGCGCUACUGGAGCCGGCCGGUGCACCGGCGGCCCCGGUGGCCGGGCCUCCUCCCCCGGAGUGCGACCUGGCCGAGACGGCUUCCUGCUCCUCGAGCCCCUCCUCGAGCCCGCUGCCGCCGCCGCUGCUGGAGGUGUCCCCCCUGCCCGGUGUCGGGGAGGAGGGCGACCCGGAGCAGGGCGGCCGGGCUGCCCUGUCGCAUCGCCACUCGGCCCCGCCGUCCCCCUCGCCGGGGGGAGUCUCGGGGGGGCCGGACUCCGGGGUGCUGGUCGACGUCGGCUCCACUGUCUCGGCACGGGCCGACCCGGCGGGCGGGGCUGCGGCUGGGAGUGCGGCGGUGCCGCCGCCGACGGCCGACGAGGCCCCGGCGGUCGAGCCGCUGGCCCCGGCGGCCGCCAGUCGGCCGGACGUCGAGAACAACGAGCACUAUGCCCGCUUGUCCCAGCAGGCACGGCAGAUCACAGUCGCCCUCCGGCGCUUGGACGGGGCCGUUCGGGCCAACCGCGGCUCCGACAGCGACCCGGCGGCCGGCGACGAGCGGCCGGUUCGCCUGUCACCCCGGUCGCAUGCGGAGCUGCGCCUGGUGCUGGAUGCCGGCCGAGCGCUGGUGUCCGAGUCGGCGGCGCGCAUCCUCGUGCAGGCGACCUCCCUGUCGGCGGUGGUGGCCAAGCAGGCGGCGCGGGCGGCGGCGGCCGGGGCCGAGGUCCCCGACGCGCGGGCCCUCUUCCGCGCGGCGGUCAGCAGCCUGGAGCGGUCGAUGGCCGAGCUGGACCGCCUGCUGGCGCCUCUGUGUCAGGCGGAGGAGGAGAUCUUCGGCGAGGAGCCGGAGUCGCUGGCCUCCGGCACGGCGGCCGACCAGCCGGCCAUCACUCGCAACCAGGCGGCCACGGCCAUCGCCACGGUGGUGUCGGCCACGGCCAGCGUCCAGGGUGCCGCGCAUGCGCUGCUCCUGUCAAUUUGAUGGGCACGGCAGGUCUUCCUCUGGGACGGAGCGGCGCGGGGCGGGCCCUCUGGUCCCCUCUUCCCCUCCUUGCUCCCUGUGGUCCAUUUGCUUGCACGCCCCCCCCCCCCCCCCUC